AUGGAGGCUUCACAUUUGCAGAUAUACUGGCACGACUCGCAGCCCGUGUACACGCUGACGUUCCAGCGGAACGGCUCGAACGACAGGCUGUUCACCGCCGGUGGUGAUAACAAGGUUCGGAUAUGGAAGCUGAACAGGGAGGAGAAGGAGGAGCAGGCCCGCGGCGUGCGCAAGAUCRAGAGCAUGGAUUUCCUCGGGUCGCUGACGCACCACGAGCAGGCCAUCAACGUGAUCCGGUUCAACUCGCACGGCGACGUGCUGGCCUCUGCCGGCGACGAUGGCCAGGUUCUGCUGUGGAAGCAGGAGGACCCGGAUGCGCAGCAAGAGGCCGUGCCAAGGCCCUUUGGGGCGGACCCUGAGGCGGGCGACGCAGACGAGAACAAAGAGAAGUGGGUGGUAUGGAAGCGGCUGCGCGGCGGGAGCGGAGCCACUGCCGCGGCAGAGAUAUACGACCUGGCCUGGUCACCGGACAACAGAUACAUCGUGGUGGCAUGCAUGGACAACUCGAUACGGCUGUUUGACGUCGGGGCCGGGACGCUGGUGUGCGGCCAGGCGGACCACGGCCAUUACGUGCAGGGCGUGGCGUGGGACCCUCUGAACCAGUUUAUCGUGUCGCAGUCUGCGGACCGGUCGCUGCACGUGUACGAGAUCGUGCAGUCCGCGGCGGGGAUGGUGACGGGUCUGAAGUUGAAGAACAAGAUCGUCAAGGCGGAGCUGCCCGUUCCGGGCAGCGACGUGGCCCGGACGAACUACCUGUUCCAUAACGAGACGCUGCCUUCGUUCUUCCGGCGCUGCAGCAUCUCGCCCUGUGGCGGGCUGGUGGUGGUGCCCAGUGGAGUGCACAAGGUGGGCGAUGACGAGGCGGCCAAUUGCGUCUACGUGUACACCAGGUCCGGGGUGUUAAACGGCGGCGGCGGCGUGAAGAACAGGCCCGCGCUGAGGAUCCCGUUCUUGAAGAAGCCCGCGCUGAUGGUGGCGUUCUCGCCCGUGUUCUAUGCGACGCGUCAGCAGAGCGUGUUGCGACUGCCUUACAAGUUGGUGUUUGCCAUCGCGACGACCAACGAGGUGCUGGUGUUCGACACGGACGCGUGGGAGCCGCUGUGCGUGGUGGGCAACAUACACUACUCGCCGAUCACGGACCUGGCGUGGUCCGGAGACGGCUCGACGCUGCUGGUCUCGUCCACGGACGGGUUCUGCUCGUACGUGUCGAUCGACGCCCAAGCGCAGUUUGGUGCGAGGAUCGAGCCGCCGGCGCUGCGUGCGGCGCAACCGGGCGACGACGUAGCCGCCAAGAACCCGCCCACCGUUUCGCGUGGGGUCGUGAACAUGUUGCCCGUGAGAAAGGCAGACAACGCGGCCGGCAACAACAACGAUAACAAAAAGAGGCGGAUCCAGCCUACACCGGUAGACCCGUGA